AUGCUACGCAAACCAGAGAUUGAAAUGUCACAAAAGCGUGCGCUGCUAAUCGGUAGCCCACUGGGGCUGCAAGGUCCUAUUCACGAUGUGAACGCCAUGGAAGAGCUUCUUCAAGAAUUAGGCUUUCGCAUAAUCCGAUGUUGUGGUGAAGAGGCCACCCAAGCUGGUAUCCGAGGAGCAUGGCGUCGGCUUAUCAACGAGUGUGAGGCCAACGAUGCGGUGGUUAUAUACUAUUCUGGACAUGGGAAUUUGAUCAACGCCUCGGGAUUCGUGGGGCCUGGUCCGCCAGCAUGUUACCAGUCCCUAUGUCCGAUGGAUUAUGGCCAAGGACCGGUCGACGAUUUUCGCGGCAUUCUUGAUUUUGAAAUCACUUUUCUCGUCCGACAAACGACCCAGAAGACGGAGAAUGUCACUGUCAUCUUUGAUUGUUGCCAUUCCGCACACAUCACCCGCGCCCCGACUGUGCAAUCAGAAUCGGGCGUUCAAGCGAUAGCGAGGAGCCUUCCGCGGAUGGCCUACGAUAUCACGAGCUAUGUUCGGUCUUUGCAAGAGGGAUCCGGCCGUGUCGAAGACAGCUUCCUUGUGAGCCAGGAUAAUCCCCAUGCGGUCCGCAUCUUCGCUGCGGAGGUGGACGAAAAGGCAUUUGAAUACAGAAAAGAGGAUGGGAGCUGGACUGGAGCUAUGACGGAGGCGCUUAUUCAAGAGAUUCGGCAACUUCAGGGACGCGGCGCUUCGUGGCGAACCACCAUCGUGAAGGUGCGCCAGCAGGUUCAGCGUAGGUUCAAACAGCGGCCUCAGUCGCAUGGCCCCGAUCAGCGUCUUUUCUUCUCCACGGAUAUGACCCCGGCCAAUAUUUUGCAUCUCAAAAUCCAAGAAGGGAGGGCAAUUGUAGGAGGAGGCUCAGUUGUCGGAGUGCGUCGCGGUGACGUCUAUACGAUUCAACCUUUUGGGGAUGAGUGCAUAAAUGAUGAACGAUGCCUUGGCACUGGGACAGUGGUAGGAUUGUCUGGCUUCCAGGCUUUGCUGAGCCUUGAUCUCUCCCCCGGGUGUUCUAUUCCACAGGAGGGAGCACUGGCCUUUACAAAAGCCGAAGAAGGCCUUUCCAAUCCGAGUGUCCUGGAACUCUACAACAGAUUUGCCGAUGGCCCCACUAUGAGGCUUACCAAUGGAACCUUUUCGCUUCGAUUCGCGGAUGCUCAUAGUAGCGAAGACGUCUCACCCCAAGCUUCAGCCAAUUGCGUCCUGUCUGAUGGCUCAAUCAUGCUCUUCACAGCAGAUGAUAUCUUGAUUGCCAAAUGCAAUUACACGACUGAAGGGAUACUAUCUACAAUGGUUGCAGCGGGACAAUUAGCCAAGGCGCAGCGACUUCUAUAUCUUCGCUGUGAGGAGUCAGAAGAGCAACUGGACCACAGGCUGCAGGUUACCCUCAGCAGGCAAGGCUCAACGGAAGGGGAGGCAGUCUCCAUUGAAGGCGUAGGCAUCCAGGAAGGUAAAUUUCUACAAAUCAAGCUAGAGAAUCUCGGUUCAGAGAGGGUUUAUGUGGCGGUAUUUGACAUUAACGUUGCUGGAAAGAUCACAUUGCUUACCAAGGCAACUCCGUGCGGGAAGCCGAUGUCAAGCAGAAUGAAGUCGACACUGGGGACUAACUGGCUGGAUCAGCGUGGUUUGGGGGUUCAUUGGCCUGCGGGGGUGGCCCGAGAGAGGCCUAUCCCUGAACAUCUGGUGGUUGUAGUGGCUGAUAAUGAGGUUGACCUUAGAGCGCUUGAGACAGCAGAGAACAUCCUCAAGCUACGCGAUGUCCAGCGCGCACCGGAGAUUCCUCAUAUUUGCUGGGAUGUACUUCACGUUGGGUUUAAGCUCUUGCCCACGUCUGCUGCUGAAUGCGUGGAUGGGGCUGCACCUGCCUAA